UUCAGUGGUGCUUUUGCCAACAAAGAUAUACGCAUUAUUAUUUACCCUUUUCUUUCUAUUUUUCUCUUUUGCUUUCUUUUAAGUUUUAAGCCCAGCAGAAGUCAACAACAACACUGGUUUUUUUUUUUUUUUCUUUCUCAAAGUAAUUAGCCCAUUUAACACAGUAAAAGCAAGCUUUUAUUACAGGAACAAAAACAUGUUUGCAGGAGAUCAGAAUGGUUUACAAGGUGACCCAAGGUUGAAGGCCAUUUCUGAAGCCAUUAGAGUUGUGCCUCACUUCCCAAAACCAGGAAUUAUGUUCCAAGACAUAACAACACUGUUACUUGAUCACAAGGCUUUCAAAGAUACUGUCGACAUCUUUGUUGAUCGUUACAGAGAUAUGGGUAUAUCUGUUGUUGCUGGUGUUGAAGCAAGAGGAUUUAUGUUUGGCCCCUCCAUUGCACUGGCUAUUGGUGCCAAGUUUGUUCCCUUACGUAAACCUAGAAAGUUGCCAGGAGAGGUGAUCUCCGAAUCAUACGUACUUGAAUACGGCAAGGAUUGUCUAGAGAUGCACGUCGGAGCUGUUCAACCCGGGGAACGUGCCUUAGUUAUCGACGAUUUGGUGGCUACAGGGGGUACCCUUUCUGCUGCAAUACGCCUACUAGAACGAGCCGGGGCUCAUGUGGUUGAAUGUGCAUGCGUUGUUGGCCUGCGUGAGGUUAAGGGACAACAUGGACUAAAUGGAAAGCCAUUGUAUAUACUUGUGGAGCCACGGCAGCAGAUUAAUUGUUCUGCACCUUCUGUUAAUGGAGUUGAAACAUGCAGACACGACGAUCUGAUUCUGGGAGCAAGCUUUGGUUCCCCACUCAAUCCCACUUCAAAAAGUGAUUAGUGUUUUUUUUUGGGGCGGGGUUAACCUUUGGUUGUAAUUUGUAAUCCUCUUUGCCGUGAAAGAUGUUCAUCUGUACUUCUUUUUGAGGAUCUUUUACUUUUGCUUUUCAUGUAAGUUUUUAAUCCAUCUAUUUAUAUUUUUGUGGCAUUUCAGUACCUGGUCCGUUGUUUACCCAAUUUUAUCAUAAAUAUUUUCUAUUAA